UCUUAAUUCAGCAAACUGAUAAAUUGGAGAAACUACACUUUUCCUAUGCAAUGCAAACUUUUCUGAACUAUAAUUGAUCUUUUAAUCACAUCUGUAUCAAGUAACUUAAAUAUGGGAAAGGUCAAAGAUUCUGGUAACCAUUUGCCAGUAGACAAUUACCGAAAACAAAUAGGUAAACAAGAUUAUAAGAAAUCUAAAGCAGAAUUGAAAGAUAUAAAGGCCAAAGCUCAGGCAAAACAAGGCUUAAGUAAUACUUAUAAGGAUGUGACUAUAAUGAUUGGAUCCAUGGUUGCUGUUAUUGGUGUAAUAUAUGCUCUUUUAUACCUGUUUUUGGAGAAGAAAGAUGAUUCUAGCAAACUGUAGGUCUUAGAAAAGUAAAUGGUGAGAGUAAGAUUUAGUUGUACACAUCACCUCAACACUGUGAUAAUGUAGUACAAGUGCCUAAAUUUUUUUUUAUUGUGGUUUUAUAAUAGAUUUAAUAGUGUACAUAUUAACUAUGUAUCUCUUAAACAUGGUAUUUACUUUCAUUGAAGUAUAUGUAUGUACAUUUUUGUACAUAAUAAGUUUUUCUUUUUAUAACCACAAACCCCAUUCAGAAAUUUAACUUUAAUGUUGGAAUUUUUCUCGGGAAGCGGAAAUUAAGGGUAUGAAAGCUAUAUAAAUCUAACCAAUACAUAGCAAAACUGACACCACACAUGAAUUCAUAAAGUUCCUAAAGCCAGGGGGAGCAAUUGAUCCCAUGAACCCACUAAACUAUGAGAUUGAUGCCAACCGAAAUUUACUACAGUAGCAGUGUCAAUUAUAUAAAAAUUAUGCUUUUUAAAAUGCGUAUUUACCAACAAGGAGUACAGAAUGAGAUAUAUAAAACAACUUCUGAUACCAAAUAUUGAUGAUGUAUUUUUUUUUUUGGUUAUAAAUUAGAAUGAAGUUAGUUUAAGUUUGUACAUAUUUAAAAUACAUUUCAUUUACAAAUUAAAAGUAAUUUACUCAAUUACAUAUGUGUUAUAAGUUAGUUCUCAUGAAACUAUAUGCUUUGUUAAUGUUUUAAUUUAUCUAUUUUAUUGACUUAUUUUGUUAUUUGACAUUUUACAUAUACCAUAUGAGGCAAUGGGAAGCAAAGGGAUGUAAGUGCCAAAAAUUGAAAAUUUUGAGGUAAACAGCGCAAAUGGUUGGAGAACCUAUCGUUUGUUUGGAGAUGAAAUAUAGUACAAGUAGUCCCGGCUGGUCAAUGAAAGCCUACCAAGGAUCUGAACUUUACAUACGUUUUACUCAAAACUUUAGAAUAUCUACUUACAUCCCUUUGCUUCUCACAGAUCCAUAUGUUAUGAAUAAUAAAAUUCCUCUUGUGGAAUGCUUCUUUAUUACUUUUUUAUGUAAAUAUGUUUGUUUUAUUGCUGUAUAUUAAUAUUAACUUUAUACUAUAUAAAGCUUACUAAUGUUAAUGUGACUUCUUUUUUUUUCAUGAAAUGAGGUAUUUUGUAUCAAUACCAGCUCAAUUCAUGAAUUUCCAAAAGUUUUUUUUUUUUUUGUGUGUAAUUUGAUACUGCCUGAUAGAUUCCAUUGUGCUACAAAGCAAUUUAGAGUGAGUCCAGCUAUAUCAAAUCGAAAACUGUUGUCUUUUUUUUUUUUUUUGACAAGCAUCUCAACAUGUGAAAGUGUUUUUUUAUCUGUUCUGUGAAAUUUAAAAAAGUGGAAUACGUUCAUUUUGAUUCAAAAUGGUUUUAAUAUUGAUGACAAAACUGUAUUAAAAACAAAUGCCCAUUUAAAACGUAAAUAUGGAACACUUUUAGAUGAUCAAUCUAUAAAUUGCAAGUCUCUAUAGACUGCAACUUUAGGAGAGUAAAAAGUAAGUUGUGUAGUUAAGAAUACAUACAAAAAGGAGAGUUUUUACUCAAGCAUGUGUGAAAAUGGCUCUUUCAAUUUUACUUUUGACUAAUGUAAAAAACAAAUAUUUUGUGUAAUUAAUCUUUAUUUCUAUAAAUAAGUGAUAAAAUCUCCAGUUUUAAGCACAAGAAUAUUGAACUUUUUCAUUCUUGUGGUUUGUGGUUACAAUAAAUAUCUUUUCCUUUUGUAUGGCUUCAUCUCGUAAUGCAGCCACAAAUAAAACCUUGUGAAGGUUCCUUUUUUUCUUUCUUCUUUAAAAAAAAAAAAAAAAUGCGACUGCUGCUUAGGGGCAAUUGAAUUAGAGUACUGCCUUUUUUGUAUGCAAUACUUACAUAAUUUUGUGCAUUAAUAAUAUUGGUAUAUUACCAUUUUUGUCUUCUUUACAAAAGUAAACUUAUUAUUCUUAUUUUUUUAAAAUACUGUAAUGCCUGAAUAUUCAAACAGGAGUACUUUUUGCAGGUUUUCAAUUUUUUUAACGAAAGACAAAGCAUUGUGAGCUAUUUUUUUUUUUGGUGUUAUUUGGUGAUUUUAUUUGAUGAAAAAGCUAGAGGAAGUGCAUAAUUAUUUCUGAUAGAAUAAGUUUAUAGUUUUCAUGUUAACAUUGAUGUAUGUUUUAAAGCAUUUAAAAAAAAUAUUUCCCACCCACUUCCACGAAUUGCUUUCAUUAAAUGCAAUUAUACAUUUUGAUGCUGUUACUUUACUACUUUUUAACUUUUUAAAAUUGAUGAGGUUUGAUUUGUUGAGUUUUUCUUUCUUUCUUCUUUUUUUUUUUUUUGACAUGUUUCAAGUAUGUAAUUGUUAUUUUUUUUCUACUUUUCCUACUUGUUAUGUUUUGUACUUCUAAAAUUGACAUAUGACAUGAUCUCAAUUUUUUGGCCAGUUUAUUUUUUUGUUAAUUUCAGUUUUUGUUGUUGUGUAUAGCUAUCGUUCUAUACUUUAAAGGCUGUGCCUUACUCUAAUGCAUUUAAUUUUGUAAUAUUGAAUUUGAAUAAAAUCUUGCCAUU